AUGGUCUACACCGAACGUACGGACAAGUGCCUGAGCAGCACCACCAAGGAUAACCAUUCCUCGAAGAGCCAGAGUAAUUCCAAGUCGAAUAGUGGCUCGGGAUCGGGAUCGGGUUCCGGAUCGGGAUCAGGAUCCUGGAGCAGUCAGGCCUCGAGUGCUGAAAAGUGGAAGUACAACAACAUGGUGAACAACGAUCGCCAGCAGUUCAAUGGCAUGCAUUUCUCCUAAAUCGGAGGAAUAAUUCCCAAAUGGAAAUGGGGAAGCUGAUGAUUGUUGUUGCUACUUCUAUUUGGUUUGGCUGGGUUCGUUUUAGAUUAGUUUUGUAAGCACUUUUAUGGACUUAAGUAUUGCUAUGUGAUACGGAACAAGAAAAAAUAAUACUCCAAUUGGUUAAAACAAAUUAAAUCAGAAAAAAGAUGCGCAAAAAAAAAA